AUGGGAUUUAAUCACGAGCAGAAAGCCAAUCUGGUGAAUGUAAAGUUAAAAUGGGUGAAAGAUAGGGUAUUGGAUGCUGUUGUGGUAGGUGACAGGGAUCUAAGAGCUGCCAGCAUUCUUGUUUCCAUAAUAUCUGCGAAUCCUCAUUGUUGCCUCCCAGUUUACCACCUCUCCCACCCAAGAGGGCAACUCAGUCUCCCCCACGAUCUUAAGAUUUCCACUUUUAUGAGGAGAUAUCCCACUAUUUUCGAUGAGUUUCAUGUUCGUGACAGUGGAGGUACUAGAGUUCCCUGGUUCCGCUUGACUCCUAAAGCACUAGAUCUCCAUCAAGAAGAACUCGGUAUCUACCAAAAUUGUGAGAUGGAUCUUCUUGACAGGCUCCGCAAGCUGCUCAUGCUCACCAAAGAUAGGAUUCUUCCUCUACAAACGAUUGACCAGCUAAAAUGGGACAUUGGUUUGCCAUUUGAUUACCCUCAUUCAUUGAUUCCCCAUCACCCAGAUAUAAGUGCUGCUUUGCAGCAAAGGGAAAAAGAUGUUGAAAAUGGCAGCUUAGCAUUUCCAAUUGGAUUCACAAGGGGUUUCGGACUGAAGAGAAAAUGCAUGGAGUGGUUAGAAGAGUGGCGGAGGCUCCCUUAUACUUCUCCUUAUUCAGAUGCCUCUCACUUAGAUCCACGUACAGAUGUACCUGAGAAGAGAAUUGUUGGUGUCUUUCAUGAGCUUCUCCACCUCACCAUACAAAAGAAAACAGAGCGCAAGAAUGUGAGCAAUCUCCGUAAACCACUGGCCUUGCCACAGAAGUUCACGAAUGUGUUCGAACGCCAUCCUGGCAUAUUCUACAUUUCUAGGAAGUGUGACACCCAAACUGUUGUUCUUAGGGAAGCUUACGACCGUCAUCAACUAAUCCAGAGACACCCCCUUGUUGACAACAGGGAAAAGUUUGAAAGUAUGAUGAAGGAAGGGUUUCUGGAUAGGAGCAGGGGCUUAUACAAGAGAAACAGAGAUGCUGUUGUUGAGGAGGAUCGAUUUAGGAAUGUUUGUAGUAAUGAACUCAGUGACAAUGGAUUCAAAAAUGAAGGAGAAUCAGAUGAUUCAGAUUGUAAUUUUCUUUCAGAAUAUGAAUCAGAUGAAACCAUAGAUGAUCCUUGCUAA